AUGACGUCGGUGCCCGACGAACACGAAUCGGACGAAAAUAGAGUUAUACUCGGUAAUUCUUACGUAAGCAAUUACAGAUAAUUUAAUUGAUCAAAUUAAGAUCUAUAAAAAUCGAAAGAAUCAUAAUAGAAUAAAAUAUAUCUUGGUAAAUUUAAAAUCAAUAAAUUAUCACUAAAUGAAACAAAAAUUAAGUUGAAAGUAGGAAAACAAAGUUCCAGCGUCACGUCGGCGAUGCACCGAAAUCCUAAGUGUUCGAGAGGAUUGUCAUACAAUGUCCAUAACCUCAAAGGAUCUCCUUUGACAAGGACGAAGUGGGUAAUCUCUAAAUCUCCUUGUGAAGUCUAGAGAUCAAUGAAAUAGAUCGUCGAAUCAUCUACGGCGACUGUCACCCGGCGAAGCGAAAAAAUGGCGACUUUGCGGCUCUCUAGCGGCUAUCACCUGACGGAGAGGAGUUGAAUGGAGGUGGGGCGUGUGUUAGGGAGCUUCAUCUUCAGGUUCGCAUAGCAAGAGGAGGCUCUUCAUUACAUCCGAUACGCUCUCAGGAGGUGGCGACUUGUCUCCCGGCGGAUCGUCCUCUUUCCGACAAUGGCUUGUUCAUCGAUCAACCAGAGAUGCUUUACUCGAGGGAUUUGCGAUUCUUUUAUCACGAAUCGUUCAACAAUUUUAGUAACAAUACUCCGCGAAUCACGUUGACGAGAUUUUCGCCGAUGAUCUAGCGAUUUUGGUUGCUUAAUCCUUCACCGGUGAUCUGCAAGAGAGUUGUGAUAAUUAGAUAAAAAAUAUAAGUUUUGGUUCUAAGAGGAUUCGAACCUGCGCCGGUUGCCCGCCCUUUUUGGGGAAGGUGUGACACAGGUUUAGUCCCACAUCAGUUGUGCACCGAAGUUUAUGGUGAAAAUAUAGUAAUAUUACAUUUCCAAUCAAGUCCCUUCCUCGCGUGUGUACGACCACUCCUUGCCCCACAGUCGGCUGGCCACCAGUGAUGUGGCAGGGGAGUGGUGCACACAUGCCCCUAUUGAUCCUAGUCACUCAAGCCCCUACUCGCGGCUCCUCCCCGACUGCGCUUCUGACCUGCUUGUGA